AUGUUUGAAUCCCCUUGCGGCGUUGGUGGGUUUCUGAGUAUUGUUUCAAGAUCCCAAGUGGGAGGGAAGGGGGAAGGCAAGGAAACAUUGGACGACUUUGUUUGUGGUCGAGAUCUGGCUGCGGCUGCUGCUCACUUUACAUACUGCACGUGGUAUCUCGACUACCACCGUAGCGAAAUCAAGAGAUCUGCAGUCAAAAGCUGCUUGCUUCUCGGUAAAGCCGUGCCACGGACUGGCACUCAGGAACUCUCCGCUCAGGUUUCGAAUUGUGCGAUGGCGAAGAGAUGGCCCAUGGGGCUCUAUGGAGAUUGCGCCGCCGCGUUACUUCUCAUGUAUGACUCGAAACAGGUCAUCUUUCCUGGCGUGAAUCUUACGACAGAAGAACAUUGA